AUGCGGGUGGCGUGGCUGCUGUGGUUAGCGACGGUCGCACGCGCUGCUCGUCUGCUCGUGGUGCUGCCCACAAACACUAAGAGCCAUUACGCCAUGUAUAGCAGGCUUAUUGAGGCGCUAGCGAAAAGGGACCAUCAACUUACCGUUAUCACACACUUCCCUGUGGACGCACCGCAACCUAACAUUAAUCAAAUAAGCUUAGCUGGAACAAUACCGGAGAUCACUAAUAAUCUUACAAGAAAAUAUGAUUCUUUGAAGCCGAACUUCAUCCGCAAUUUGGAACAAAUCAUCAGUGAAUGCGUUAAUGCUUGCGAAACAGUAGUACAGCAAGAUUCCUUCAAAGAGUUACUUAAUUCGACCGCUUCUUUUGAUUUAAUUAUCGUAGAAGUCUUCGGAAGUGAUUGUUUUUUACCUUUAGGUCAUAGAUUCCGGGCCCCCGUUGUCGGAUUAUUGUCUAGCGUCCCGCUACCUUGGGUCAAUGAUUACCUUGGCAACCCAGAAACAGCGUCUUACAUACCGUCCUACAUGAUGGGUUAUGGACAACACAUGAGCCUAUGGGAACGAUUAUCAAACACAAUAGCUAUUAUAUUAGCUAAGAUUUUAUACACAUACAAAUCAAGGAUUCCUUCACAAGUGAUAGUAGACAGAGUCUUCGGACAUGGAAAUAACUUACAAAAGCUCGCGAAAAACUACAGUGUGAUUUUAUCUAACAGUCACUUUAGCAUUAACGAAGUCCGACCUCUUGUGCCUGGUCUAGUAGAAGUAGGCGGUCUACAUUUGGAUCACAGUCAAACACUUCCUAAGAAUAUGAAGAAACUUUUAGAUGCGUCAACAGACGGUGUCAUCUACUGGAGCUUUGGCUCGAUGUCCAGAAUAGAAACGAUACCUAGCGAAAAGCUUUCAGGUAUAUUUGAAGCAAUAUCUGAACUACCACAAUUGGUCUUCGUGAAGAUGGAUAGAAGAAGGCUCACAAAGAAUAUCACUGUGCCUGACAAUGUAUAUACUAUGGAUUGGAUUCCGCAGUAUGCUACAUUAUGUCACCCAAACGUCAAGUUAUUCAUUUCUCAUGGAGGCUUGCUUGGCACACAGGAAGCAGUGGCUUGUGGGGUACCUAUGUUAAUGGUGCCUCUAUAUGCUGACCAAGCUCUUAAUUCUCAGUCUAUGUUUGAUAAAAACGUUGCCAGAAUUCUGGAUCUACACGAGGCUGAUAAAUAUGAAUGGAAGAGAGCUUUACAUGAUUUAUUGAGUAACAAAAAGUAUAGAGAAAAUUCAAAAACGCUAAAAGAAAUAUUUUUAGAUAGACCAAUAAAUCCUUUAGAUAUGGGCGUCUACUGGAUUGAAUAUGUGCUGAGAUACCGAGGUGCGCCACAUAUGAGAUCACCAGCCCUAGACCUUUCCUUAUCACAGUACUUACUGUUUGAUGUGAUAAUAAUUAAUAUAACUAUUACAAUUGUGUCUGUAUUCAUUUUACAUGCUUUGUUUAAAUAUUUGUGUACAAAAUGCAUCAAAUGGUGUCCUAAAGAAAAAAUUGUAAUUGAAAAAAGACUCUUUAAAAAUAAUGUAACAUUAUUUGUAUGUCUUCUGAGGAAGUGUAAAGUAAAGAUUAAUUGA